ACCCUCCACCCCCUCUCUCUCCUUCUGUCUCUGAUUCAAUUUCUUCUUUCCACACACCCUCUUCCUUCUCUCUCUCUCUCUCUCUCCUUCAUUUAAAGGCAUUUUAUUCCACAAGAUCUUAUCCAACAAGAGAAACUUUAAGAUUUUUUGUUUUAAUCCUCCCAAGUAGAAGCCCUUCAUAUUCUAAAAAUCCCAACUUUUCUCCUGGAGAAAUCGUAGAAGAACCAGGAUCUGUCUGUGAUUUCUGUGACUGCUAACCCCAGUACCCACUGAAAGCAUUUGUUGUUAUUUUCACUGAAACUUAGGUUGUAGGAGGAGAGUCAGCGACGGUUAUCCCUGGUCCAUUGCCACGGGUGGACGUUCACGUCAGGAUGGGUCAUUGGACAUAGCGAGAGCGAGCAAAAGAUUUGGAAGCUUUUGUGUCCAGAUUUGGAGAAGAGGCAAGCAGUGGAGUAUAAAAAAAAAGGAGAGCACACUAAAUUGUCUUCUGUACAACCAUGCCGCCUUGGAAGAUACUGGCCACUGUGUUUGGACAAUAGGCCAGAGCUGAGUCCACAAACACACUUUAUAACUGGAUUCCACUGCCAGGACGUGAUGGAAGUCCCUGAUUGGAAAUUCCAUCUACUAGAGCGGAAAAGAAAAGAAGAGGAAGAAGGAAAGAGGAAAGAAAGGGAAGAGGAGGAACGACUUGCCAAGAUGCCUGCCUGGAAAAGGGAGAUCAUUCUACGACGAAAGGCCAAAGCUGAGGCUUCAAUGUUGGAGAAUAAAGUUGAAGUGGAAGAUGGGGAACAGGAGGAAAGAGAAAGGAUUGCUAUCAUCGAGGAGGAGGAGGAAAGAGAGAGCAGGGUCCUAAGAGAAAACAUUGGGCCGGUUCAGCAAAAUCCGUUUAUCCAACAGGAGAAGCAGAGGAGGAUCCCAGAGUAUUCCUGUACAAGGUCCAAGCCUAUCACGGAGCAAACUGUCCACCGCACUGCAAAGACAGAAGACAUAGUCAGGGAUCCUCACCUAGCUAAUGAGGUGAUGGACCAAGAGGCUUGGUCAGAAGACCAGCAGCCUCUUUCUGUAGAAAGUAAGGGAAGGGUGAGCAGGUUGCUUAGCCGUUUUGGAGGCUCAAGGACAGAAGAUGAGAACAGUGAUCCUUGUAUGCAGCAGAUGAAUGGGGAGGCAGGCUCGCCAUCAAAGACACUGCCACCCAGUCCUGUUGUAUUAACUGACUUUGAGACCCAGGCUUCUACUGCUUUUGCCAACCCUUUUCUUUCUUCUCCUUCCUGUCAUCGAGCUGUCACGGGAAGUCAGAUUUUAACUCAGGAAACCACUCUCUCCUCCCACGUCUCCCCUUCCCCUUCCUGCAUUGACUCUGAGCCAUCUGAGCUCUCACCCUACGUGGCCCCCACGGCCAUGAGUGGCUUCAGCAACAGGCCUAGCAUGACAGAAGAAGUCAGGUCUUUUCCUUUCCAGCUACGUCCAGCAUCUACCGGCUCUCCCAGACAGUUCAAACAGACUGCCCAGGUUUCACCAGCCAAAACCAAGCCAGAAACCUUGAAACCCAGUCCUGAGAAAUUAGUGGAAGAUGUGGAAAGAAGUGUCAGUCCAUCGACGAUUCCUUCCAACCUCCAAACCUUCAAAAGAGCACCGGUGGAGAGCCAAGCCAUGCAGAGGAGGAAAGGUAAUACCAUUACUGUCAACCCACGUAAAGCGCCUAUCUGUGAGAAUGGUGUCGCCGCCACAGAGACUAAGACCCCAACUUCAAAACCAGACUCAGGCAAGAAGCGUUAUCCAACAGUAGAUGAGAUCAAAGUAAUUGGUGGCUACCUGGCUUUGUCCAAGUCCUGCCUUGCUAAAAACGCCAGGGACAAGAAAAAGAUGAACAUCUCUUUUCCUGAGGCGGAGCUUGAACGCACCUUUGAGUAUCCAUCUGAGAGCUGUCUGCUGGCAGAGUAUGGUCCCUGUGAUGAGCCUGAGGUCCCCGUUCCUCCACUCGCUCAGCCAGAGGAAGAUGACGAGGAGGAUAGUGCCCUGUUAUGUGGCAUCUUAAGGAGGAAAGCUCUUAUAGUGGAUGAGUCUUGCAAGCGCUGAAGAUCACACUCCAUGUAUUCUUGGUACAAAUCAGCAAGCACCCGUGGAUCUGGGUUAUUAAACCCCUGGAACUUCAUCGUUUACCGAUUAAAACCAGACGACCAGCUCACAUCUACUAGUUUACCAGUGGAUCUCUGUUACUUCCAAAGUGAAGAGCUGGAACCUGUCUACCAAUGAAUGGUAGCUUAGCCACUUGGCUUAGUGUUACCAGUGAUGGUCUGGUUACUGUUGAAGCUGUUGAACAUUUAUACAAAAUUAUGGGUUCCAUUAAGACUUUUUGCUAAGAAUUGGAACCGUUUAUUUUUUUCCCCUGCAACUUGGUGGCUUACCAACUGUUUAUGGACCUAGCUACACUCUCUACUUUUUUGAAGCAGAGCUGGUAACAAUGACUUGUUCUUAUACACGUUUUAGAGGUGAAAUUAGAUGUAGCUAAUGAAGCACAAAAAAUGAACCUAGUUUUGACCAUCUCAUUCAGUUCACUUUAACUUUUUCUCCAAGCUAACUGUGUCAUCAAACCUUUAACAAAUGUAAUCUUUCCAGUUACUAGCAUGCCAGAGUUUAGUUUUAGCAGAACUAGUUAUUGUUGCCAACCACUGAAUGUAGACCUAGUAGCUGCUUGCUUUUACAUAUCCUUUUGCAUGCUAGUCAUUGUUAGCAAUAAUAAUAAAAAAAUAACCAUUUGUAUUUAGUUAGCCAGUUAGUUUAAGCAAGCUUCUAACUUUGAAACAAGUUUCCAGUGAACUGUUUUAACUUUACUAGUAAGCCAGCUAAAUUGCUGGUUAAACUAGUCAAAGGUACUGGUAAAUAGAAAGAAUAGUAAAUACCACUGGUAUAACUUAGUUGGCUGGGGAUCACCACUUGCAGCCAUUGAACAAAGGGCAAAUAUUGGCUCAGGUUUGUUACACUUUUUAGUGAGGACACACUGGUUCAAGCUAGUUUACGUUACUAGUUAGUGUUACCGGCGAGUAUUUUUUUCCCAACUGCUUUUGUUUUCCUUUUUUAUAUAUAUAUUUUUUAAUAUUUUUGUAUUUUUUCUAAAGAUGCUGAUAAGAAAAGAAGCAUUUGCUACCCAGGCUUUAAAGUUCAGUAUACAUUUGAGUGCCAAUUCCUGUGUUGGACCAGAGAGUAGUCUUACUAUAAUGGCAUGCUCACUUCAGCCGUAUUGAAUGUUACUAUGUUUUUUUGUUUUUAGGUUCUUGUUAAAAAAAAUUAUAAUGGAAAAUGAGUUGAAGAGGUGUCUGUGUAUCGGUGGCAGCCAUUGUGGAGUCAGUCAUAGGAAUAUGAAUAUUCACAGUCUAGAAACUCACUAGACUGAGCUCUGAGGUGUCAAAAAUGGUUUACAGUAUAGUAGAAUACUCUGCAAAACACAGCAUUGUAGACUUAGUGGACGCUGCAUUUUUUAAUAUUUUUUCUUGUACAUGCUACCUACUAUUUCUUGCAAAGCAUGUUAAAGAGACAAUGCACUUGCCCAUUCAGCAAAGCAUACUCACUGAUCCAUGCUCUUUUGGUGACCGCCUGCUAAGUGGAAGCUCUAGCUCUGUUGCUGUAAUGCUACCAGGUUACAUAGUUAGUCUGGUUAAAAAAAAGUCCAUCUAGUGCACCCAAUAAGCAGGUAUGGGGGAGAACUUGACUUUCCCUAUAUGCAGCCAGUCACCCAGCCUGACCACUGUCAUGUAGGCAGGAAUAUUCACUUAAGCUGGGUAUACACUGUGAAUUUUAAUUUUUUUCAUUUAUCCAGCAGGUUAAGUGAAUAAAAAAACUCAGAUUCCUGCAUCCGCACAAUGGGUGUGGAUGCAAGGCGAACUCCUCUGUUGUGCUAUUGUAUUUUGACACCGGUAACAAUUCCCCGUGGCAGGAUACACUAAUCAGUGCUGCAGCGGCUGAUUAAUUGCUGGUUUUCUAGAGAAGGCUACGCAUGGAUCAAGAUUCGUCUGAUUCCUGCUGAAGUAGCCGAAUUUCGAUGUGUGCACCCAGAUUUAGGUAAACUCCUACAUCGCAGCUUACCUGGGUAAGGUUCUUGCAGCAGCAAUGGUGUGAGAGGGCAUCAUUGGGUGAGCAUACCCUACUAGUUGGGUUAGUGGUUGUGAACUCUUGUGUGAUCUAGGAGAGAAAUUCCUAAACUCACCCUUUGCAGUCACCUUCUUUUCAGUCUUUUAGUAGUUUGAGUGUGAUUAAUAAAAGCAGAAGAAAUUAAACAUGUUUCAAGAAGUAGAACAUUUGUACUUUGUGGUGCUGCUCCAGGCUAUGGUGUAGUGCCCUAUUGGGUAGUAGGGAUGCCUGCAUAAGAAAAAACCCUCCAGUUAGCAAUGAACAUUUAAUCACCCAUCACGAUAGCCAAUCCUAGUGUGGAUGUGUACAUACGAAAGCCUCGGUCAAUGUCGCUCCUCGGGCCACACCCCCUGAUAUGUUUUAUCCUACCCACCGUGUGGAUUAAUCAAAACAUGUUGGGGGCAUGCAGCGAGGAGUGGCAUUGACUCAGGCUUUCACAUGUAUACAUCCACACUAGGAUCGCCUAUAGUGAGCGGCAGUUUUAUGUUUAAAUGCUUUAAGAAGUAUACUCCCGGCUAGCUGCAUGAGGGCUGAGCAAUUCAGGCAUGUAGAAAAUGCCAACUGAAUGCAUUGCUCUUCAGAUUAGCAUUUACAGGCUAAGACUAUAUGCCCUUUUAUGCCUAACCAUGGCAGCAAUUGUUUUCUGUGUGCCUUGAUCCAGUGAGUAAAAAGCACAGGUCAUUGCAUGUGUAGACGAGCCCUCAAGGUUGAUAAUGGUCAACUCAGGACUAAAACAUAACCAUGUUGGCUGAACAAGGCUUUCAAUUUCUUUUUUUACCUUACUCUGCUGUACUGUGGACUCAUUUUAUUUUUGAUCUGGUAGCAGUAAGUGAUGAACACGGUUUUACCUGCUCUGUUUUAUAUUAUUUCUGGCACAGGCAGACCACAGCAUGAUGGCUGCUAUGGUUUCCUGGGGUCACAUACAUGUACAACAGAAACUUUUUUUUAAGUUUUUUAUUGGGAAGGACCAAAUGACUAUAAAUACAAUCCAUUCUAUGGCUCUUUAAGCAAAGCUUCUAGUCUCUCAAACCUGUGAAUUUUCUAUGUGUUUUAAUAAAGAAUUCCCUAGUGGGGGGGGGGAAGGACACAUUUCCAUUAGACUAGCAGCACAUAAUGCAGGGCGGAAAAUAUUAUCUUAUUUCCAGAUGUGGGGGGGUGAUCUCCCUUUUGGGACCAAGAAAGUUGUAAUGACCCAGUGAGGAUGAAAAGCUUCCCCACUACAGCCAAAUAAGAAAAUUCCAGUUUGGGUAAGCCUGUGUUGCCCACCACCACCAGAUUCGAAGUUAUAGACUCCAAAGGACACCUUCUUUGUUUUUACGGUUUGGCAGCAUAAAGUCCAACCAUUGAAAUCCAGUAGUAGUUCUUGACAAAAUGGCUGCCUCCAGUGCGUGGCUAUGACAGGUCUACCUUGCACACCAGAACAGAAGGGGGUGCUUUUCUUAGGCACACCUGACAUGAUAAUACUCCAGCAGAGUUACCUCUGCUUCAGUAAUGCACUGUGUUUUGCACUUAUUUUGUAAUGUUUUAAUAUGUGUUUGUAUAUGUUUUGUCAUUUGUAUUUCUUGGAUGCAUGAGAAUCAGUAAACAGUAUCUCUUUUAUGUGCAAGCUGUAAAAUCAGACAUGAGCUUGACUUUUAACCUGUUUGGGUUUGGGACAUCACGAGCUGUAAAGAUCAGAUUAACCAAAGUUUCAGAAAUAUUAAACAGUUUAGGACCACCCCACAGCAUAUUUACUGCUACUGGGCGGUCCUCCUGUGCAGAA